AUGCGAGAAAUGGACGAAGAGGGAGAUAAUAUUCUACUUCAAGAUAAUUAUUACCAAUUACUAAAUGUGGCAAAAACGGCCAGUGUAGAAGAAAUAAACAGUGCCUACCGUCGUUUCUCAAGAAUAUUUCAUCCAGACAAACACAGCACUGAUCCCAAUAAGCAGAAAUGGGCUGAACAGAUAUUUAAUAAAAUCAAAGAAGCAUAUGAAGUACUUUCUGAUUCACACAAACGAGCUAUUUAUGACACACUUGGUAAAAGGGGACUUGAAGUAGAUGGGUGGGAAGUUAUAUUCAGAACACGAACUCCUCGGGAGAUCAGAGAAGAGUAUGAAAGGUUAAAAAGGGAAAGAGAAGAAAGGAGGUUACAGCAGAGUGCCAACCCUCGAGGGACAAUCACACUCUCCAUAAAUGCCACUGAUAUGUUUAUGAAGUACUAUGAUGAGUAUGAUAUUCUUGAGGAGUCAGCUGUGAUCCCAAGUGUGGAAGUCUCGGGGAUGACAAUCCAACAGUCUAUAGAUGCUCCGGUCACACUUCGCAAUACUGUAACACUGUCGGGGAAUAUCUCCACACAGAAUGGCAUUGGCACGGGGUCACUCACGGUGUCAAAUCGCCAUCUAAGUUCCGAGAGAGGCUGGACGGAAUUAGAAUGCGGUAUAGGAAACGGACCCGUCGUUGGCUUCAAAAUAUUCAGAACCAUAUCAAGAUUGAUGUUUGUUAACUGCGGCACCGGUCUGCAGUUCACAUCCAGAGGGAUUAUGCCGAGUUUUGUAUCUACGAUGGCCCUUCAGUUGGACGCUCAUUCUGUUGGUUAUCUGACGUACCGGGCGGGGUCUGGCGCGGGUUCUUCACUCACGAGUACAUACGUCCGUGACUCGCAGCGCCACCACGUGUCAGCGUCGGUACAACUAGGCUCUCCUCAUUCCUUCGUGUCACUGCAUCUCGUCCGCAAACUAACAGACCACGAUCUCAAGUUACGCCUGGCUUUCAAAAUGGGAACAUUUGGUGCGAUCGUGGAAUAUGGUGCGGAGAAGAAAGUGUCUCAGAACAGCAGUGUGUCAGCUGCUGUUAUGCUAGGUGUGCCCAGCGGUGUGAUGCUCAAACUAAAAUGGUCGUGCUCAUCACAGAGCGUGGUGCUUCCCAUUCAUCUUUGUGAGGAGGUUAUGCCAUCUCCCGUUUUCUACGCCACUGCCGUACCCAUCAUUUCAUGGCUAUUGUUGAAGAAGCUGCUAUUGGACCCUAUAGCAAGAGACAAGAGAGAGAGGGAGCGACAGAGAUCUAUGGAGGCUAACUUUGAAAGGUUACAAGAAAUGCAGCGUCAGGCGAGAGCAACUAUAGAGCUGAUGAGAGAAACGUAUUCUAGAAUAAAAAGUGACGAAGAAAAGAAGAAAGGAUUGGUUAUUGUAAGAGCUUUGUAUGGAAAACUACCUCAAGGGGCGUCAGAUCACGAUGCGUCGAGUGAGCCGAUAGGUGAUGGGGUUGAAGUUAGUCACGCUGAGGUCAUUGACGUCACUAUUCCCAUGCAGUGCCUCAUCAGAGAUAGUCGUCUCGAAUUACUAGACGCCAGCAAGUCUGAGCUGCCUGGCUUCUACGAUCCGUGUGUCGGUGAAGACAAACAUCUCACUGUGCUGUAUAUGUUCCACGGGAACGAGCAUCGCGCCACCGUCCCAGACGACCAGCCGCUAGUACUGCCACGCAACAGUAAUUUCAUUACUAAUAAAUAA